GGUGACCGCGCCGCACCCCGUGGCCGGGCGGCUCGUCGUCUGCGCUCGCGGGGAGGCGACAGCCCGGUUGGCCGGUGGGCGUGCUCCGGCCCGGCCAACCGGAGGCCGCUCUCCGGACGUCCGGGGGUGGCGGCUGACCGCGUCGUACGCACUCGGCGACGUGCGGGCGUGAUGACGACUACGACUGCGACUGCGACUGAGCUGACGGCUACGCGGUGACGGUGGUGCGUGCCGGCGACAGUGUAAUAAUUUUUUCGGGUUGUUUUCGUUUGCGCGGCGGUGCACAGUCAGUCCGCGCGCGCGCGGGUUUGUUGUCGUUGCGUAUUGUUUUCAUUGCAAACAUUUCCACGGAAAGGCCGUCGUGUCUCGCGUGUUUCUCUAGUACGGACGACCCGCGAACGGGUAAAUAUAUAUAUAUAUAUAAAUAUAUAUAUACAAAUAAAUAUCACGCACACCUAUCGACCGAUAUUUAUACAUAUAUAUAAUCUUGAUUGGACACGGAGUAAUAACAACAGUAAUAAUAAAAAUAAAAAACACUUUUGUCGUUUAAAAUAAAUAAGUUUUUUAAAAAAAAAUUGUUUUCGCUGUUAUACCUACAACGCAUAAUAUUACUAACAUCAUCAUCGUCGUAGUGAGUGGUAUUAUUGUAUUACAUAAUAAUAUAUUAACAUCAUGCACACGCUGUUCGGCGACCAAAACGCGUACUACCGGACGGGCAUGUACCCGGGCACGUCCAACCCGGCCGCCUAUCCCGGUGCUUACGAGCAGUACGCCCGGUAUGGAUAUAACCCGGCGGCAGGUUACCAGGCGUCGCACCACCAUCACCACCAUCACGUGGUGUCAGCUGCUGCGGCCGCUGCUAAGGACAUGGUCAAGCCACCGUACUCAUACAUCGCCCUGAUAGCGAUGGCCAUACAGAACGCGUCGGACAAACGGUGCACGCUCAACGGAAUCUACCAGUUCAUCAUGGAGCGGUUCCCGUACUACCGCGAGAACAAGCAAGGCUGGCAGAACUCGAUUCGACACAAUUUGAGCUUGAACGAAUGUUUCGUCAAGCAGCCGCGUGACGACAAGAAGCCGGGCAAGGGCAGCUAUUGGACGCUGGACCCGGACUCGUACAACAUGUUUGACAACGGGUCGUACCUGCGGCGCCGGAGACGGUUUAAGAAGAAGGACGCCCUCAAGGAGAAAGAGGAGGCCAUCAAGCGGCAACAGGAGCUCAUGCUGAAGAAGGUUACCGAGGAACAGUGCAAGUUGCUAUUGCACGGUAGCGGUGGCGGCGUCAAGGAACUGAUGCAAGUCGACUGCAACAAGCAGCCGAAAAAAGAGCCGGGUGUACCGCCACCGUCCACUCCGCACCAGUCAGCCGGGAGUGACCCGGCCGCGCCACCGACGUCCGGUGGUCCUACCUCGUCAUCGGCACCACCGCCACCGCCUCCCGCGUACCAUCAGCACCACCAUCACCUACAGUACGACAACGAUCACCAGGACGAUUCACCGUCGGCCGCCACAGGCAACCACCUUCACCAUCACCAUCACAGGUACAUGACCACUCCGGCAGCCGCGGCCGCUGCUGCAGCUGCAGCAGCCGCCACCGGUGACCACCACCACAACCAUGGAGACGAGUUCGCCUCGCACCAUCACCAGUAUGUGGCCGCGGCCGCAGCGGCCGCAGCAGGCCAUCACCGGGCACCCGGCUGGUACAGCGCAGAUCCGUCCGACUUUUUCGACGCCGUCGUGCCCAACCCGGUGGCCGCAGCCACAGCAGCCGGUUGUGGGUUCCGCAACUCUCAACACUCCACCCCUGGCACCCACACACAGCUACACAACUACUAUCAACUACAGCAGCAGCAACAGCAGCAACAACAGCAGCAGCAACAACAACAACAACAACAACAACAACAGCAACAACAGUCGCACGACGGCAAUUCAACAGUCAAGUUUUCGUCACAACUAUAACGACGACGACGACGACGAAGACGACGACGGGGAAGGGCGGGCUGCUGCUAUUGCUGUCAGACGAACAAAUUGUACUCGUCCGCGUGAGAAGCCAGAAAGACGCGUCGCGCGCCGCGACCGAGACGAUUGUGCCGCAGGAAGACGAGAGAGAGAGGAAAAAAAAA